GAAUCCCGAGAACGUAGCAGGUUUAAGUACGUGGGUAAUUCCUACUAUGGUUAUAGAUUUUAGCAUGUUUGAGCUAUCCGUGUGUGACUAUGAAAGUAGCUCUGCAUUUAAAACGCCUGUCGACCUACAGCGUUAUCGAUAGCUAACGUUGUCGCUAGCUAAGUAAGCUAACUGGUUAGCGCUAGCCACCUUUUAAAAGUAAAAUAUGAAAGCCCACGUAGCAAACAACAAUGUUCUCUUUCCUUCGUUGCCUCUUUGGGAAAUGAAUUAAAUCGUCACUGUGAAUAUCCAAUAUAUAAACGGCCCCAAAAGUACAUUAAACAUAAGUACGGCAAAAUUAUCUCACCCAGAACAGGAACAAGCUCGUGCACAAAAAUACAAAUUUGGUGCUCAGUUUUCCUGACACGUAAUUGGUGGAGCAGCCUUUGCUGACACUCCAAUAUGGAGCCCUCCUAUUGGCUGGUUUUACUACUUCUCUAUUCCAGCCAAUCAGAGGAGGGUUUACCGGUGCAGCUUUAUUUGACUUCACAGACUGGGUUCCUUGAACGCGUGAGGAAAGAGGGAAGCUUUGAGUCCACAGUGUUUAUCUCGAGUUAAACUUUAUACUUGUGCUUAUUAUGAUGAACAUGGAUACAUUUAGCCGCUACCUGAUGUUUUAGAGGGAAAAAAAGAGUCAAGGGUGUAGAGUAUGUGACUUGGUGACAUCAUUUCUGUGUUGGCUUGUCACCAAGUUUGUCAGCAGAAAGAGGAGCUUUGCAUUUGUCAGCUGGUCCCUGAAAAAGCCCUUCCAAUGUCUUUAUUAGAGGAUGUUGUGGACGUGCUGCGGAUGGUCUUGGAGUAUUUUGGAGUUCCUCCAGAAAUGUUGGUUCCAGUCUGGGACAGUCAGCUGUGUGGUCAGUAUCGUAGUAUUGUACGGAUGAUCGGUACCAACCUUCCACUGACCCCACCCCCACGCGUCCACUUUCAGAUCCCACUCGUCACUUACAGGCCCCACGGUUAUAUCGAUGUCACUGUGGAUACACCUGCUGUUCCCUCAUUUGCUGAUGUGAUGUGGGUGUUUGAGGAUGAGGGGGACAGUUCUGCAAAGACAAGGAACUAUUUGCCUCCAACUAAGCAAACUAAUGUACAUCGGGAUAUGGUGAGAUACCCAGGACUGUCACUAAAUAAAGCCCAAAAACGAGUCCGAUCUGUCAGAAAGACCCCUGAUCCAGAGGCCUUGAAGAAAAUCACAGCGCUGGAGAGCGAGCUGCUAAAACUACAAGCUCAGAUUGCCAUGAUUGUGACUGCUGCUCCCACUUCAGGUCUGACCCAGUGUCCACCUCUGAUGUCUCCUCCACCACCACCAGCUCUCACUUCCACCCCACGCCGUCCUACUGCUGCUCUGCCACCACCACCACCUCCUCCUCCUCCUCCACCACCAUCAACACCUCCCUGCCCCAGCUCCUCCUCUAACACUGCGAUACAACUGAUCCAAAAGCGCAAGAAUAACCCUGACAAGGAUCAUCUUAAGCCUCAGGACUCAGGCCCUCACAGGGGCUCAGAGGUUAAAGGCAUUCCCUCCAUGCUGGACGUUCUUAAGGACCUCAAUCAAGUCAAAUUGCGUUCAGUGAAAAGAUCACCAGGUGGUACACCAGUCCGGAGGCGACGCAGUAAAGGAGGUUCAGCACUGCUCAGCGACCCGGCCGCUCUGAUCGCUGAAGCACUGAAGAGAAAGUUUGCUCAGCAUCACCACAAUAAUUCGUCCGACAAAGAAAAUUCGCUCGACCCCUCACCGUUUGGCAGUCCAGAAAUAACAUCUAAGGCUCCCCACCACGUCAGACGUAGCCAGGGUCGCCUGCACAUGUGAUCAUGUCGCCUCCGACGGUCCAAAACCAGACAACACCGCUCCGACGGAUGUGCCUCACAAUUGGAUUUCUUCUGCAGCUACUGACUCUUUUUCAUUGUUUUUCUGCUUUCUGUGCACGUUUAUGUCCGGCAGUGAACACAGCAUUUCUUAUUUUUUGGUUGAAUGUCUCUUUGUUGGAAGAUGUGAAUGUAUAUAUUUGUUUUUAUUCUUAUGAACAGUCAUGUGUUUCUACUAAUGAUGAUGAUAUGUUUGUGGACAGAGUUUAAGGAAAUGAUAGUUGGAUAGAUAAUGUAUUUACAUGGGAAUGCAGCUUGGUACGUAACAUUUCUAAUAUGUCUGAUCACUUUAUGAGGCAUUUGUUUCCUCAUCCAAGUUCUAAAUAACAGAGAAUUAUGGCUCUAUUCUAUGCAAUUGUUUUUUCAGGUUUUAUUUUAUUAAACUGUUCAA